AAAAAGAAAAAGAAAAAAACAGUUGGAGUUUUAAUAAGAGUUGAAAGUUGAAAAACGUGGGAGAGCGCUUCGUCUUCACAUAUAGUGCGCUGAACCCAUCCUUCGUUGUCCACUUUUGCAUCAGUUCAAGGGUCAUUUCUCUUACACAUGACAUCUGUGUCUCUAAAUAUCAUGCAAUAUAAAAACUUCAAAAAUAAAAAGAAUCACUGUCCUACCAAUGAGUCACAGUUGUCCUUUGAGUAUAAUAUUUUCUUAAUUACUUGUGGACUACCGGUUUGACAUAAAACUCUAUAUUUUAGUGUCGACCCCCACUUUUUUGGCUAUUAAAAUAUUUGCAUGUUUGAGGCUGUCUUGUUCUGGUGCGUUUCAAAUCUAGGCUGUGACUGGAGCUUUCGUUCAUAAACUUUAUGAGAUUGAUGUGGGCCGGGGCUCACACCUCGGUUUGGAUUUUAUGAUAUGAUUAAGGAUCAGGAAAAUUCCCAGUUGGAUUUCCUCCAGGAUGGUGACAAUCCCACGCCUGUUCCUGUUCCCUUUUGAAGGUCUUGUUUUUCUUCGAAAGUCUGCUAUAUAAAUUGUUUUGCAAAUCUUUGUCCUUGAUUCAGAAUGAGGACCAGGAGAGGGAAGCGAGCUGAGCCUUUCUGGCCUUCACUUGUGAUGAAGAAAUGGUUGAACAUAAAGCCCAAGGUUUAUGAUUUUAGUGAAGAUGAAUACACUGAAACUGAGAGUGAAGAUGACGCGUCCCCUGUUAAAGAUGAGAGAGUUAAUGUGAAUGAGGAUCGUGCAAAUAGGACACAGGGGAACCCAUAUGUGUUUCAGAGUCGAAUUUCAGAUGCACCUUCCAAGGGCUAUCCAUCAAGACAUAAGCGAGGGAAAUCUGAAACUCUGCGUCUUCAAUACAUAAAUAUGAAGGAUGUGAGGGUGACAAUAGGUACCUGGAAUGUUGCUGGAAGACUUCCAUACGAGGAUCUUGAUAUUGAUGAUUGGCUUUGUACAGAAGAACCAGCAGACAUUUACAUCAUUGGUUUCCAAGAGGUGGUCCCUCUGAAUGCUGGGAAUGUUCUGGGAGCAGAGAGUAACAGACCAAUUACAAAAUGGGAGGAAAUCAUUCGAAGGACUCUGAACAAAUCGCUACAACCUGAAAGAAAAUACAAGUGUUAUAGUGCCCCUCCCUCACCAGUAUUAAGAACUUCUUCAGUUGCUGAUGAACUUGCAGAUGAGGUUGAUUCUCUACCAUUAGAGAUGAUAAAUGAGGAAUAUAUAGAAGCUGCUGAUGGUUGUGAAUCUAACAUACUGGAGUUUGGCAAAGCAAUUGGUAUAGGAAAGAAUUUGCACUUAAAGAGAGUAUAUGGAAUUGAUUGUGAAAGUAGAUUAGACUGGCCUGAACAUUCAUUGGCUGCCACCCCACAAGAAGUUAUCUCUUCCAAUUCCAAGUUACGGAGAGUAUCGAGCAGUUCUGCAAGAACAGGCUUCAGUUGGACAGAGAAUCCUUCAUUAUUUAGUCCUCGGAAUAUUGCUCUGAACAGGAGUGGACUGAAAAGAUCUCACCACAGUUUUGGAAAUUUAGGGUCAAUGUGGGUGGAGCAACAACAGAGGCACAAGGUUCCUGAAGUCCCUGAAGUUAUUGAUUCUUUCUCCGAGGUCUCUGAUUGGUUCUCUGAAGCAGAGGAUGACACUUUCUUAGAAGUACCAAGCGAUCAAUGUUACAGUGAAAUCAUCAAAGAAAAUGGCAAGCCACUCACUAAGUAUGUGCGAAUUGUUAGCAAGCAAAUGGUAGGAAUAUAUGUAUCAAUUUGGGUGCGCAAGAGGUUGAGGAGACAUAUAAACAAUUUGGAGGUCUCUCCUGUAGGAGUUGGUCUUAUGGGUUAUAUGGGAAACAAGGGAUCUGUUUCUGUUAGCAUGUCUCUUUUCCAGUCAAGGCUGUGCUUUGUUUGUUCUCAUCUGACCUCAGGUCAGAAGGACAGGGCUGAACAAAGGCGUAAUGCUGAUGUCUAUGAAAUUAUACGACGUACCCAUUUCUCAUCUGUCACGGACGCCAAUCAACCACAGACAAUUCCAUCUCAUGAUCAGAUAUUCUGGUUUGGGGAUUUGAAUUAUCGUCUGAAUAUGUUGGACACAGAGGUCAGGAAGCUUGUUGCUCUGAAGAAAUGGGAUCAGCUUAUCAACAGUGAUCAGCUAAGCAAAGAACUUCGCAGUGGGCAUGUAUUUGAAGGAUGGAAAGAGGGAGUGAUAAGCUUUCCACCGACUUACAAAUAUGAAAUAAACUCUGAUAGAUAUGUUGGGGAGAACCCUAAAGAAGGCGAGAAGAAGAGAUCUCCGGCAUGGUGUGAUCGAAUACUUUGGUUUGGAAAAGGUAUAAAACAUCUUUCUUACAAGCAGUCAGAAUUAAGGCUCUCGGAUCAUCGACCAGUCAGUUCAAUGUUCCUGGUUGAAGUUGAAGUCUUUGAUCAUCGAAAGCUGCAAAAAGCACUCAAUGUCAAUAGUGCGGCAGUGCAUCCUGAGAUUUUCCUCGAUUAAUGAGGGAAUUAUAGUAGAUAGAAGGUAUGCUAACUUCGCUGUCAUAUUCUUUCGAGCAGGGAGUUGCUGAUCAAUCUAACAAGCUGAAGAUAUAAAUAAACUUCGAUUUAAUUGGAACACCAACAAUGAUGAGCCUAUAUUAUACAUGCAAGAAAAACAAAAGCUUUUUUGAAUUUUUUGAAGAUGAUAGCAGGAACAGACGUAGUUGUCUGGGUCUUGCUUUUUAGGAAUGGAAUGUGGAGAGCUGAAAUGAUGGGGUUAACCCCAACCACCACCCCCUCCCCCAUUUUUCUAGAGAACCUCCAAAGUAUAUCCUCUUAGUUUGGUUCGUUGCUAAUGUACAUUAAACUGUAAAAAUUAGGUGUUCUGUAUUUUGCAAUUGAAAUUUUGGAGUCAGUCAGUGGACAUCGCGUGAUUAAUUCAUGACAAAACUUACGAUCGCAA